CUCAGGAGUCACACCAGGAUGCAGGAUUCCAGCUUUACUCGCUGACAGUUCUCAGUAAGCGUGAGCUGGAUCAGUACCCACAGUUCUUUCCCAACUAAGCAGCAGAGGACUCACUUCCCGAUGCUGGUGGAAUGGUGGUAGGAGGACUGAAAAGAGUACCGGGUCGCUGGGAAAGAGUACAGCCGGUCUCCCAGACUCCUACUUUGGACCAGAGACCACAGAAGAAAUCUUGCAAGAAACUCCAAGUUGUCAUCUGUGUUUUGCUUGUGGAGCUGUGUGAGAGGUUCACGUUCUUUGGGAUUGUAUGUAACAUGAUUCUGUUCUGCACCGUGAAGCUGGGCUAUGACAACUUCCUGGCUGCAACCGUCAACCUGUGCUUUAUAGGAGCCAGCACCCUGACCCCUGUUCUGGUCGGGUGGUUUGCAGAAACCUACUUAGGAAGGUCAAAGGUCCUUUACUUGUGUGCCUUUCUUCAUUUCUUUGGUACAGCCAUGCUGCCAGUGGUUGCGUUUCCCUUUGAAGAUUUCUACAUUGACACUCAUCACGUCACCCAUAAGUUGGACCCCUUUGAGCAGCAGAUCUUGUUUUAUGUGGGUCUCCUGGCUGCUGCGCUGGGCAUCGGUGGCAUCAGGGCCAUCCUCUGUCCAAUGGGGGCCUACAGCCUGCAAAGCUACAAGCAGCACCAGCUCCUGUCCUUCUUCAAUUGGUUCUACUGGUUAGUGAAUCUGAAUUCCACUGUUGUGUUUUUGGGCAUCGCUUACAUCCAGCAGUCUGUGGCCCAAAAUCUGGGCUUCCUCAUCCCUUUUACCUCUGUGCUGCUGGCUCUCAUUGCCAUCCACAUGAUGCGCAGCAAACUCACCUACAAACCCAAGAGAGGUGGAUCCUUACUGACCACACUAGGAGUUUUCCUGAACUCUUUCAAAAUGUGCUGCCUCCGUCAUCGCCACCUGAGUGGAGAAGCAGUGUCCUGGCUGGACCGGGCCAAAGAGAACAAUGGUGGGCGGUACAGUGAGACCCAUGUGGAAAAUGUCAAAGUCUUGACAAAGCUCUUUCCUCUCUAUGGACUUCAGCUGCUGUACAGAGUCUGCGUCACACAGAUUCCCUCAGGUUACUACAUACAGGCCAUGAACUCUAACCUCCACCUGAACGGCCUUCUGCUGCCCAUCGGUGUCAUGAAUGUCAUCAGCAUCCUGCCUCUGCUGCUCUUCGCCCCGCUGAUGGAGUUCGUGACAACCUACUUCCUCUCCAUGGAGAAAACUCCACUGGCACCUGCAAAAGUCAUCACUUUGGGCCAUGCAUGCGCUGCUGUGUCUGUCCUUUGGUAGCUUGGUGGAGCUUCCUGGAAGGUUCUGGUGGUGGAGCAGACCCUCUCCGGGAAGGUUCUGCAUGUGUCAUCCAUGCCGUGUUUCCAGCUGGCACCUCAAUACGUCCUGCUCGGUGUGGCUGAAGCUCUCGUCACUCCGUCGUGUUCCCUCAUAUCCUUCCAGCUGAUCCCAAGCCACAUCAGAGGGAUCUCCCUGCACUUCCUCACUCUGUCCUAUGGAGGGGGCUGUUUGCUUGGUGCCCUCAUCAUUCAGCUUGUGCAUUUUUGCUCUGGAGGAAUCUUCUACCCAAACUCUCUGCAUGAUGGGAAUCUUGAGAGAUUCUUCUUCCUUCUGGCCUCAUUGAUGACUAUAAAUACUCUUCUGUUCUGGAGAUUAUCAUACAGGUACAUGGACCUGAGAGUUCAAGGGAAACCACUGAGCAGCAGUUCUCUGUCUGACAAGCUGCUGCAAUACAAGGCCACACUGCGCUUCUACGACACUGUAGAACAUCCCUCUACUGACUCUGUUUUAUGACUGCCUUUACGGAGGUCCCGUUAGUGGCGCUGUGUAUUUGUGUUUCCAUAAUCUAUAACAGAGACAUGCUCUGUAGAGUAAGAUCUAUAAAUACA